AUGGCGAGCAACGGAGUGAAGGACACGAUGACGACUACGGCGGAGAAUGGCUUGAAUCCUAAGAAAAUCCUUGACCUCAACAGUGCGGAGCCAGAUGAUGACAUUCUAGACGGAGGAGGAGAAGUGAAGGGAUUAUCAGGAGAUUCUACUGAUGAGAUGAAGAAGAAGAAGGACGAAGCUGACUCUAAGAAGGCUACUGAUUCUGGGGAUGUAUCUCCCGUUGUCGUCGUCGAUGAUGAUGUUCAGAAGAAGAUUCGACGUGCUGAGAGGUUUGGCGUUUCUGUUAAGCUAACCGAAGAGGAGAAACGCAAUUCUCGUGCUGAGAGGUUCGGAACUGUAGCUGCAGCGGUGAAUGGCUCAGAGGGGACGAAGAAAGCUGAGGAGUUGAAGCGAAAGGCUAGAGCUGACAGAUUUGGGGUUCCUGCAUCAUCAUCCACUACUAAAGUUGAUAACACUGAGGAAGAGGCGAAGAAGAAAGCUAGGCUCGCUCGUUUCGGGAAAGAUGCUAAAGUUGAUUCGGGUGAAGAAGAAAGACGCAAAGCUAGGGCAUUAAGGUUUUCUUCUGAUUCAUCUUCGGAAUUACCUGGGAAGCUAAACAUUGGCAAGGAGGCAGCAGGAAACGCUGCAUAAGGUUCCUGAAUAAGGUUCCUUUUAUCUUUGUAGUUAGUAUCUUUAUUUAAGAGUCGAAGUUUGGUCGUGGAGGAAGCUUAUUUGGUCAUGCAAUGAUUCUCUCACAUGGACGGAAGCUAAGUUGUCACCAGAUGGAGAUCAUGAGAAAUCAACAAAGUAACCUAUAGUUCUGAUUGUC